UAGGCCCUAUUACUUUUUAGAGCGAGCAAAUCCUGUGCGACGAUGUAUUUCUCUGUGGGCGUUGAACCUGAAAAUGAAAACCUAACAUCAUAAUUUUAAGAUUUACGAGUAUCCAGGACUCUCAUUAUUCUUCUUCAGGGUGUCAGUCGGAGGAGAUCAUUCAGAAUGUCGUCCCAUCAACCGUCGGGAAAGAACAUGAAAACGAAGCAUAUAAAGGCCGUUUCGCAGAAAGUGAAGCUAUUUCGGGCGAGUGAGCCACUCCUCAGUGUAUUGAUGUGGGGGAUUAACCAUUCGAUCAGUGAGCUGAGCCAUGUAAGCAUUCCUGUCAUGUUGAUGCCAGAUGACUUCAAAGCCAACGGCAAGAUCAAGAUUGACAACCAUCUCUUCAACAAGGAAAAUUUGCCAAGUCAUUUCAAGUUCAAGGAGUACUGCCCGCAGGUCUUCAGAAAUCUCAGAACUCUCUUCAGUAUCACAGACCAUGAAUAUCUGAAUUCCUUUGUAUGUUCAUCACCAAUCUACGAUGACUCUGCGGGUAAGAGCGGUGCAAAGUUUCUCCGGUCCAGCGAAGGGAAGUUUGUCGUCAAGACGAUAUCCAAAGAAGAGGUUGAACUCAUGCAUAACAUUCUGCCACCAUACCACCAGUACAUAGUUGAGAAGCAUGGCGAGACGUUGUUACCACAGUACUUGGGCAUGUACAGGUUAACGGUAGACGGCGCUGAGACGUACAUGGUCAUCAUGAGGAGUAUAUUCGGUCACACGCUACCCAUCCACAGAAAAUACGACUUGAAGGGCUCCCUCAUUGACAGGCAAGCCAGCGACAAAGAAAAGGCCAAAGAUCUUCCCACCUACAAGGACAUUGACUUCCUGAGUGGCAACAGAAGGAUAAUCGUAGGACAACAGACCAAGGAUCAAAUCCUUAUCAAACUCAAGUCAGACACGGAUUUCCUGUCGGAGCAGAAGAUCAUGGACUACAGUCUCCUGGUGGGCAUCCACGACAUGGACAAGUAUGAGCAGGACAGGGAGGAGGACGAUGCAGAGACGGCCAGCCAGGAGAACGGGGAUGCAGUCAUUGAAGAGGAAGGGGAAGACUCUGGCAGCGGCGAGUGCCUCACCCCUCCUGACAGCCCCGUCCUCACGCCCAGGACAAGGCACGUCAUGAUCGAGGAGUAUGACCCCAGCAUCGAUGUCUACGCUGUGAAAGGAUACGAGAGAUGCCCUAGGAAAUUGAUCUAUUUCAUGGCGCUGAUUGAUAUCCUCACCCACUGGGGUGCUAAGAAGAAGGCUGCACAGGCUGCAAAGACAGUCAAACAUGGAGCUGGUGCUGAAAUAUCCUCCGUCAAACCUGAACAGUAUGCAAAGAGGUUCUUAGACUUCAUCUCCAAAGUCAUGGAAUGAAGAGGAACCCACAAACCAAGACGGACACAGUCAGUCUGAGACUCUUUCCUAAACCCACGUCUUGAUUGAAAGACAUUUUGUGACCAAGAAAAAAAUGACAGGGUCUGUCUACACAGGGGAGCCGUCCGGUUUUACAAACAAGGUGUCCAUGGGGACGUGCCAUCGGUUUGUUUGGAAUAACGCACUUCUUGCUUUGGGCCCGGAGCAAACCAGUGUAAAUGUGAACGCUCUUUGUUGGUCAGGUAGGGUUGAAGGGUGUAUAGAACUUGGAUUAUGAAAGAAAAAAAUAUAAGUUGAGAAAUUUAUGAAAGCUUAUUUAAUAUCAUAUGUCUAUGGGUGUAUCCAAAUAUAAGUUGAGAAAUUUAUCAAAGCUUAUUUAAUAUCAAAUGUUGAUGGGUGUAUCCUUUGGGGGGCUUGUCCAGAGCUAUGUUUGCUUUGUUUGCAUAAAUAUGGAGGACCUUUGUGUCGUAACGCAUUGUUUUGUAUCAACUAUCUUUGUUCACUGUCGCCUGGGAUCACUCCAGCUGCAUCAGUGUCGGUGUAAUGGUUCUCAUGUUAUUGGGAUAUCACGGUAAAUGGCAGUUAAAGGGUAGAUAUUAGAGGUAUCACCAAGUGAACUUGUGUAUAAAUGUGCUUCUUUUUAACUUUAGCACCCUGUGUUGUACAUGGUGUUACCCCCCCCCCCCCCCCCC